AUGGCGGCCUCGCUUCUGCUACGGCAAGGACGAGCCGGGGCGCUGAAGACUGUGCUUCUGGAAGCAGGUGUGUUUCGAGGACUUGCUCCUGCGGUUUCUCUCUCUGCAGAAUCAGGAAAGAAUGAAAAGGGAUUACCACCGAACCCCAAGAAGCAGAGCCCACCAAAGAAUGUAGUGGAACCAAAGGAGAGGGGCCAGCAGCUCACCCCCCCAACAGCAGAUGCGGGGUCCAAAACCUUAUCUGCACCCACUUCCUCCCCAUCAGUUGUGAACCAAAGCAGGACGCUAGCAAGCCCCAACCCCGAUGCCAGUGUGCUGCACACAGACCAAGGGCUUCCGAAGCUUUUGUCAAGAAAGACUUUGGUAGAGUUUCCUCAGAAAGUCGUGUCUCCAUUCAGAAAACAGGGUUCAGGUUCAGAGGCAGCCCAGUGGGGCAGGAGAGGGACGGAUGAUUCGUCUUCAUCUUCAUCCUCAUCCAGCUCCUCCGAUUCAGAGUCUGACGAGGAGGGCGACCGCUCAGGAACAGGUCCUCAGGUGAAGAGCAGGCGCAGGGGAGGGUCUCCCGUAGCAGAGGCCUCACGUUCCUCUGCAGAUAGGGCCCCCAAAACUGAGCUCUCGGCCAAAGAGAAGACAGUGGCACAGCAGCCACACCCGGACCUCACCCCUGCAGAGAGGCCCCGCCAGGCAAAGAGAAAAGGGGCCUCCAGUCAGCCCCUGGAGGACAGAAAGGACCCCAAACCCAAAACCGCAGCGCCCAAGUCACACGCCGCUGAGGAGUCUGUGAAGCAAAAUGUAAAGGAGAAACAAUCGCAGAAGAUAUCUAGAUCAAACAAAAUAGACAAAGAAAGCCAAAAGCCACUUGAAGUUAAAAAAGUCUUGUCUGACCGAACAACGUGGGGAUUGUCCACACAUCCCGAUGGCAGCCCGGCGCCCAUCCCAUCAACAGGAGCCAGAGCUGGGGGGCAGCCGCCAGCCCCUCCUCCUGAGGCCAGAGGGAGCCUUUUGGAGAAAAAAGUACCAGAAGCAGAUGGGGAGCUGGCUCUUCCCCUGUUCAAAACAGAAAAAGUGGAAAAGCAGGCAGCAGAAGGAAUCUUAAAGGCUGAGGAAGAGAUUUUGGCAGAUCAGCUACCCAUGCAAAAUUUGCAGCCAGCCGCUGUUCAGAAUGAAGAUGUUCUGGAUGAAAAGCCUGCAGUGCUGGAGCUUGAGGAGAAGGGCGGGAUCAUGGAGGACUCUGCUGCUCAAGUGGAAGGCCAGGACCACACACGGGAGCCUGCAUCAGCCACUCCCACCGAGCCGUUUGACAACACCACCUACAAGAACCUCCAGCAUCAUGACUACAGCACAUACACCUUCUUAGACCUAAACCUGGACCUCUCCAAGUUCAGGAUGCCCCAGCCCUCUUCAGGACGGGAGUCCCCCCGCCACUGA